GCUGACUGGGUUCUCCAUGCCGCAAAUAAAGUGGUCGAAUCUUUAGGUUUUUGUGAUUUUGGAACAAUACACCAUUUGCGAGAAAACUUACAGGCUUUGGAUCAGAAUGAUUCCCAGAUGGAAGCUAUGAAAAAUGAAGACUUGUACGAGUGUCCUCUUUGUGCUAAAACAUACUACAAAUCUGGUUGGUUCAAGAAACAUUUAGAAAAAAACAUUGCUGGAAGUUUUGUAGUGUUAAAAAUAUGGAUGCAGAUUCAAAUCCUGUUCAUUGCUUUCUUUUAAUGUCUUUAUUGUUAAGAGAUACAUGCAAUGCUUAUCAAAUGGGUGAUGGUGAAAGAAUUGUACGCAAUGCUUAUAUGGAAUGGCUGUAUGCUUCUGCAGUCAAUGCUUAUAUGGAAUGGCUGUAUGCUUCUGCAGUAAAACACUCAAAAUAUAAAAUUUGGCUUUGGCGAAUGAUUACAUACAUAAUUGCCAUACUAGAUACCAAAGAAAGCUUUGAGUAUAAAUGGAACAUGACUGUUAACUUGAAAGGUGGAAUUAAAAACAAUAUUCCAAAUGAUAAUUGUGUAGAGAUACAGGUACACAAUAUUAAAUCUCAGUUAAACACACAAGGUGCAAACAAAUCCUUUCAAUCUGCAAGGCUAAUUUGUAUGACAACACAAGUAGUAGAUGGAAUAAAAGAUCAGUUAAUGAAAAGUACUAAAACUGUAAAAUCAAGGAGCACGAGACCAACAGUUGACAAAACAGGUGAUAUUGUUAGAAUUGUGAAAGUAUUGCGACAAAAAGGACAGGUGAAAGAUUUAAAAUGGGAAAGUUUUUCAAAUUUUAAGGAGCCAUUGUAUUCUAUUAAUAGUGAAGACUUGCACAACUGGAUUAAAGCUCAAAAGAAUGUUGCAAGUUUUCUUAUGUAAUUACAAUAUAUAGAUACAUCUAUGAGCAUAAUGAAUUAUGCUUUACCUCAUAUUAUAGCCUUUUUGGUCUCAUUUUUUAUGAAUUGACCAAGUAUUUACACUUAUCAUAUGCAUUUUAGAGUGUCGGUAGCCAAAUAGUAUGACUGAUUCCUUAUAUAUCCUAAAUUAACCCUUGUUUUGACAUGCAUACUUUGGAUCUACCUCAGAUUAUGUAUAUUAUAUUAUUAAAAUUUGUACAACCUAA